GGUAGCUGGACGUGCUUGCUGGCAGCCAGGGCUCGCAGACUGACAGACCUUGUUUCCUGUCAUGCCGUCAGGCUAUUCGGACACAGCGGGGCUUGCAGCGCCUGUGGGCUAUCCAUCCCUGCCAGCGAGAUGGUGAUGAGAGCCCAGGGCAGCGUGUAUCACCUGAAGUGCUUCACCUGCGCCACCUGUAGGAACCGGCUGGUGCCGGGCGACCGUUUUCACUACGUCAACGGCACAAUCUUCUGCGAGCAGGACCGGCCCAGCGGCACGUUGCUCAGCAGUCACCUGACCCCACUGCCUGACCAGAAGGUCUGCUGAAGUGGCUGGGGGCCAUCUCCAUACCCGCUCCCUCUUCCUCCUCCAUCCAAGCACCCCCUUGCGGUCUGUCAUAUACUUCCACUGUUAUACCACCCCCCCACCCCCAUGGAUGUCAACGGUGGAUAUAUCUCCUUAAUAUUAAAGGGUAUUCAAAACCAGCCACCGUCCACCUGUCCACAAACGAGAUCCUGACAGACUGACUGUUCACGGAGAAGAUGGACGGCUGCUUGUUGCUCUUGGAUGUUUCAGCUGGUACCUUGGCACAUGCUCCCUGGAGAUCGCAGACCCACACGGACGUGACCUGAGCCAGACAAUGAAGCAAAGUGAGGUUCCUCUGACCCACUCGGCGGCCGAAGGUCACGGGGACGACCUUGACACGGGAGGCCUUUUUCCUUUAUCAAGUAGAUGGAACUCUGGAAGAGAUGGGAAAGACUGAACAGACACCCUGAAAGCCAUGAAGGGGGAGGGGCUGCAGGAUCUCUGAGCAGCACAUAUCAGGAAAGCAAUCUGUGCCUCUUUCAGUCCAGAUGUAUCUGUCAUUUUUGGUGAGAAUUUUUGAAGAAAUCUGUAGAUCAGGUGAGCAUAUGGGUACUUGCUGAAAGGUUCUUGCUAUAACAUUAAAUCCUUGACUUAUUUUAAUUAUAAUCUUAAUGGUUUGUUUUAAUCUUUGACUUAUUUCAUUUUUUAAAUUUAGUUUAUUUGAAUAGGGAUCAUUGAAGGAACAUUAAAUCGGAGGGUGUGAAAGACUGUACAGUCAGGUGUGAAUCGUUUUGUUCUGGAUGGCGCUGCCAAGUUGACGGACUUCACAGGCCUUUGUGAAAGGAUGAUGGUAACGGCCAACUGUACAAGUGUGAUGAUCUGUACAUAUUUUUCUAAUGCCAACGUGUCGUGCUGAAGUGAGGCUGAAUUCUUGUCUGUUCCAGUUUUUUGAUUGGAAAUUGAAAAAUGCUGUGAAACAGUUAAAUGGAAAAAUAAAAUGCUUAACAGACCUA